AUGGCGACGAAUCUCGUUAUCGCUGCCGGCUCCUCCGCCCUCGCCACCGCCCUCGAUACAAUGCCUCAAUGGGGUCCAUAUCUCUCCGCGUGGCUCGCAUCUCUCUCCUCCACCUCCCUGCGCCCCGGCCUAUUCCUUUUCGCCUUAGGAGGCGGCUAUCUCGGCCUUAACUCCCUAAACGACCCUUCCGUGAAUCCCGCUACUACCUCCGCGUCGUCGCGGGCGGUUUCCGCUCCCGUGUCGCUCGUCAAGCUGUUUUCCAAUGGCGAACUUGAUAGACCCGUCGACGACGGGUUUUCCGCUAGCGACGGGUUUCCGUCGGGCGUCAUGGGGUUAGGAGGCGCCGCGGUGAGUCUCCACGGCGUCGUGAAUUUCAACUUCGUCGUGGCCAUGGCGGCGCUGCUCAGCGCCUCGGGGCUGUGCUGCGCCGCGCUGCUUACGCACGGGCUGGGCGGGCGAAUGAGGUACCGCCAUCUGGCGUGGAUGUUCUGGCAGCCGUUCGUGGGCGGACUGCGCUUCGUGCUCAUGCAGGCCAUGGCGUGGACGCUCUUCUCCUUCUCUCUGCUCAUCUUCUCGUCGGUGGCGGUGGUGGCGGCGUUCGUGGGGCACACGACGCUGGGGGGCGGCGGCAGCGUGCAGGGGAGCGUGGGGGGCGAGGCUUGGCGCGCAGUGGCGGUACGGCCGGCGCAGUGGACGGAGAGAGAGCUGUUCGUGGCGACUAGGAGCGCGAGGGAGGUCGCAGGGGCCGCCGUGCGAGGGGUGGUGCAAUGCGUGAUGCGAGGGAUGAUGGGAGGAUUGGAGGGAGGAGUAGUGAGAAAAACGAACGAGGCGGCGAUGGAGAUAGUGGAGGAUGUUUCGGAGGCUGUUACAGGCUGUGCAGUGGGGCGUGUAGAGGGGGGUGAUAGGAGGGAAGGGCUGGUGUUACUGGGGGCGUGUGAUUCAGCAACGAGCAGCACAUGCGACGAGUUUUCACUGAGUGUGUGCGAGGUGCUGUGUGCAGCGCUGCUCACAGCCAUGGCGUGGGCGUUUGCAUACUGCGUGAUCUGCCCCGGGGGAUACGAGCGGUCGGGGAGAGGAGAGCGCAAGUGGGUGCAGAGAAUAGUGAUGCCACUUUUAGAAGAGGCAGCAGCGGCAUAUUUCCACGGAAUCAGCAUUGUGAAGGAGGGCGCAUGGAGGGCAGCACACGGCACAUGGGAGAAUAGAUGGAAGCACCAGGAGCACGAUAAGCAAGAAGAAGAGGAGGGUUGCAAGGAGAAGGGGCACCGAUUGGAGAGUGGAGAGGGGUGUGUGGAGGGCAAGGGCAGUGAUGUCACUGCUGCAUCCCCUCCGCGCCCACUCAUAUUUACCUACCACCCGCAUGGGCUGAUGCCAGCAGUGAUGGCAUGGUUCCCGCUCUCCUCGGCCUUCCGCGCUCUCUUCCCCGCCACACGCCCCGUGCCGCUCGUCGCCUCAGUGUGCUUCCGCAUCCCCCUCGCGCGCACCUACUGCCUGUGGGGCGGCGUGCGCGAGGUGUCGCGGCAAGGCUUCCUCACGGCGCUCAAGGACACCGGCGCUGCUGUGCUUUGCCCUGGCGGACAGUCGGAGCUCACAUACCACGCCACCAACCAGUCAUCGUGCAUCGCGCUGUGUGCGCGCAAGAUUGGCUUCGUGCGCAUCGCCGUGCAGAGCAACGCUCUGCUCGUGCCCACGCUCAGCUUCGGCGAGCCCCACUCCUUUGACAACCUCUUCCACUGGCCCUCCCUCCAGCGGUUCACCUACCGGAGAUUCGGCUUCCCGAUCCCCUUUUGGCCCGUCGGCUUGUUCGGCUGCCUUCCUCUCCCACGUGACCGCCCCAUGGCUCUGGUCAUGGGCCGCCCUUUCGAUCCGCGCUCUCUCAUCCCCACUAUCAACUCUGAAGACCCGUCGUACGAAGACCUGUGCAUGAUCCGGGAUUAUUAUUAUGCGGAGGUCAAGGCUCUCUUUGACCGCCACAAGGCGAUUCACGGCUUCCCACACCUCACCCUAGAGCUGCGCAAGUAG